AGCAUGUUUAAUUAAUCACAAGCAUGAACUUCUCAGACUCUUUCAAUAGCAACAAUAGACUCUGUCACUUCUCACCUGAUGGGACCUCUCUUGCACACGUAGACGGACACUACAAGUUAUUCAUCCGAAAUGCACGCACUCUCACAGUCCAACAAAUGUUCACGUGUCUGGACGAAAUUUCACACAUCAGUUGGUCCCCAGACUCAUCGAUGGUAUUAUGUGCAAUGUACAAAAGAGCUCUGGUGCAGAUAUUCUCUCUUGAAAAUACAGACUGGACAUGUAAGAUAGACGAAGGAUCUUACGGUCUGGUCUCGGCUGUCUGGAGUUCGGACAGUCUCUCGGUUCUGACGACUUCUGAGUUUAGUUUGAGAAUCACUGUUUGGUCUCUGACGACUAAAAGUGUGGCCUAUAUCAAGUACCCGAAAGCGAUUCCUGCUCCGAUACAGUUUUCAGAAGAUGGCCAGUACAUGGCACUGGCUGAGAGAAGGGAGUGUGCGGACCAUGUGUCUGUGUUCCUGGUGUCUAACUGGACCCUGGCCUCCCACUUCGCCACUGAGAGCAGCGACCUCCAGUCCAUCAGGUGGACACCAGACUCAGUCACAAUUGCUGUGCUAGAUACGUGUACUGAAGUACGUCUUCUUUUCUACUCUGUUUUGGGCCAUCUAGUGUCCAAAAUGGAGCCAUACCUGAACGGUCUCGGAAUUAAAACAAUAGCUUUUUCGCCGUCUGGUCAGCUGGCAGCUGCGGGCUUCUACAAUCAGUCAAUCCACAUCAUCCCUCACAUGACCUGGAAGUCAAUCACGAGACUAAAGCACCCCUCUGCCAUUACAGCCCCCACCCCAAAACCACCAAAUCCCCCAACUAGUGCAGAAAAUACAACAGCCUCAUCAAUGACCGCUGACAGUACAGCAGUUUCUUGUACCGGGGAGACCGCUGCUGGAAGGAAGAAAGAAUUUGUGACAGUGUACAAAGAGACAGACUACAGGAUGGAUGUGUUGAGUGCAUCUCCUAUUGUGAACAUGCAGCCCAGUGGACCACUCAAGGUCAAACAGGUGAGAUACGAGUUAGUGGAACAGCGACCUUUUGACAUCCCCUUCACGACUCCGGACCCUGAGAAGCCGAAUCCGAAGCUGGGUCCGGGUCUGCUCUCAUUCAGCUGCAACGGACUCUAUUUAAUGUCGAGGAACGACAACCAGCCAUGCACAGUCUACAUCUGGAACAUCCGUACGCUCUCAUUGGACAGUGUUCUGCAGCACAACGAACCAAUCACAGCAGCCCAGUGGGAUCCAGUGCAUUGUAGACUGGCAAUGCUAACUGGCACUCCAAAGGUGUUUAUGUGGAGUCCGGAGGGCUGUAUGGCAGUGCGAAUAGUGGAGACAGGUAGGAGUGUGCCAAAUGGAGUGGACAUCCGCUGGCAUCCGGAUGGACACCAUCUGGCAGUCAUCGCCAAACACGCAUUCUUCAUGUGCUACAUCCAACAACCUCAACAACACUUACAAUCUCGAAAUGGAAAAGAAAGUGGAGCUCCGUUACAGGUGCAGCAGAAAGUGCUGGAAGCGUGAAAAGUGCUGGAUCGCUUUGAACAAGAGUUACAGAGUGAAUAUGAACGAAUGAUAUCUGGCAACCGUGCCGAGACAAUGUGCGCAUUCAAAGCUAAAUGAGGAUUUUUAUGAUCCUGACUAUAACUGAAUAAGAUAUGUAUUCCGGAUUUCUAAUUGUUUUGCUUGAAAACAACUAAAAGCCACACAACUCUUUGUUCGCAAUAUUGUCCAAGUUCAUCACAAUGUGUGCCGUAGAUUUAUCAUCAACAGUUUCACAUGCUUUUUUAAAGUUUUCAUUUGCCAUUCUUUGUUUUUGUGCAUUGAGCAAUGCUUGUACAGAUUGUAAAUAGUGAUUGAAUUCAAAUUUGUUAUUGAA